GCUUCUCGCUUGAAUUCACCUGAAACAUGGCGUCGACUUGCCACGGCUGCACGCAGGCUCUGGAGGGGGCAUACAUCACGGCGCUGGACGCCUCGUGGCACAAUGAGUGCUUCAAAUGCGGACACUGUGGCAGUCAGUUUGCAUCGGGCCAGUUUACUGUGGCCGAUGGCAAACCGUUUUGCAACGUGGCCUGCGCCAACGGGAAGGACUCGCUGGCGUGUGCUGCCUGCGGCGAGCCGGCAACCGAGGGCGCGGUGGUGACGGCUGGGGAGGAUACCUACCACAAGGCAUGCUUUGUCUGCCGGACGUGCUCGGCGGAGCUGGGCGUGUCGUAUGUGACGUCGGCCGGGCGCAAGUUCUGCAACCAGACGUGCUUUGAGAACGCACCCGAGAUGACGCCCGAGGAGAUCAAGUCCAAGGCUUCCGAGGUCACCGACAGUGGCGUCAAGCCGAUUCAGAAGCUCGAGCCCAUCGCCCUUGCCGGCGUCUCAUCUGAUGCCGAGGUCGCCCAGCUCGCCGCCGCCAAGGCCGCCGAGGUCGAAGCGGCCGGCGGCGACAACAGUCUCGCAGCCAUGCGCAAGAACAUGCUCGCCGACGCGCUGGCUAAGGAGCAGGAGCAGGAGCAGGCGCAAGCUUAGACAGAUUGUUCACAACCAUACAACCAUACAACUACUACCUACUACCAUCUUGUUAAAUCUCGCACCAUCAUGA